AUGGCGGACAAUGCGCCAAUCGAUAUAAUCCGGUCUCAUCAGGACGAUCUGGAUCGGGAGAGUGCACGACAAGAACAGAAAUUGCGCCCCCACUCGGUAGCACCCGAGGAUGAAAAAUAUGAGCGCGACGUGCCCCCAGAUGGCGGGUACGGCUGGGUCUGCGUGGCCUGUGUCUUUUGGAUCAAUGCGCAUACCUGGGGCAUUAAUAGUAGCUACGGCGUCUUCUUGAGUCACUAUCUCUCUCACAAUGUCUUUCCCAAUACGUCGGCGCUCUCCUACGCCUUUACAGGUGGAUUGAGUAUCUCGUGUGCCCUGCUGGUAGCACCUCUAGCCACGCAUUUCAUUCAUAAAUGGGGCACGCGAUUCGUGCUCAAUCUAGGCGUUUUCUUCGAGACCCUCUCUCUGAUUGGAUCGUCCUUCGCCACUCUCAAAUGGCACAUUUUCCUCAGUCAAGGUGUCUGUUUCGGCUGGGGAAUGGGUUUCCUCUUCGUGGGCAGCGUGGGAAUCGCCCCGCAGUGGUUCAACAAGCGUCGCAGUGUCGCAAUGGGCAUCACGGCCGCAGGCUCGGGUCUCGGAGGUCUGAUCUACUCUCUGGCAGUUGGUGCCAUCAUCCCACGCUACGGACUGGGCUGGGCUUUCCGCAUCUUGGGCAUCAUUUCCUGCGUCGUGAACUUGGUCUGUUGUAAUCUCCUCCGAGACCGCAACAAGGCUGUUGGCAGCAGGUUCACGGCCUUUCAUCUGCCCCUGCUGCGUCGCCCGGAGUUCUUGCUCUUUUUGGGAUGGGGCGUGUUUAGCAUGCUGGGCUAUGUGGCCCUAUUGUUCAGUGUUGCGAACUUCGCCCUGUCUGUGGGCCUUUCUUCCCACCAGGGCAGUAUCGUUUCUGCCUUGCUGAACCUCGGACAGGGCCUUGGUCGUCCGUGUGUAGGCAUGUUCAGUGAUCGGUUGGGUCGCAUUAAUAUCGCCACUCUGCUUACCUUCCUCUGCGGCCUGUUCUGCCUUGUUAUUUGGACCUCUGCCGAUAACAUGGGUGUUGUAUGCUUCUUUGCCAUCUUGGUGGGCACUGUCUCUGGCACAUAUUGGGCUACUGUAUCCCCAGUGCUGGUAGAGAUCAUCGGCAUCAGAGACCUUCCGUCCGGCUUGAGCAUCACUUGGCUCAUGCUGGUCUCCCCGUGUACUGUCUCUGAAGCCAUUGCACUUCAGCUGCGCAGCAGCACCUCUGGUGGUACUUCGUAUCUUCGGGUCCAAAUAUUUACCGGAUUCAUGUAUAUUGGUGCUGCCUUGUGCCUCUGGCUGGUGCGUGGGUGGAAAGUUGGCGAGGUCGAGCGUGCUCAGCGCCAGGAUGCCAUUGUACCUGUCACCCCCUUGACAAGCACUGGUGAAAAAGAAACGACUGGGUCCCCUGCAGAUAUUCAAAGUGCGGAAUCCAUGGAGACUGUACCGCAGAUAUGGGCUCCCUUCAGUCUGAUACGCCGAAUGGUAGCUAUGAGACGGGUUUGA